AUGAGGAUGUCUGAUACUGUUACUAUAAAAAAUGAAACUGAAACAAUGAAGGAUUUGGAGGCAGAAGUGAAAGAUACAACUGGAGUUGAAAAUGUUACCAAAUCAGAAAACUAUGGGAAGAUUCUGGCAGAGAAGAAUGAGCGUUGUAUUGACAACAAUAUUGAUUUGCAGCGGCCAUUGCAGUCAUUUGGACAGACAGGAAAAAGGUCUAAGUCAAGCUCAAAGUUAAAGCUAGUUCGGAGCCUUGCAGUGUGUGAAGAAUCUCCACCACCCCCUACAGCAGAGAUAUCACAGGAGAACCAGGAGAAAAUUCAGAUCCAGUUAACACAAUCAUUUGAAAAAGAGGAGAAGCCCUCAAAAGAUGAAGCAGAAAAAGAAAAAGCCAGUGAUAAGUUGCCCAGAAAAAUGUUAUCAAGAGAUUCCAGUCAAGAAUACACUGAUUCAACUGGCAUAGAUCUACAUGAAUUUUUAGUAAAUACAUUAAAAAACAAUCCCAGGGACAGAAUGAUGCUGUUGAAAUUGGAACAAGAAAUUUUAGAUUUCAUUGGUAAUAAUGAGUCUCCCCGUAAAAAAUUCCCCCCAAUGACAUCUUACCACAGGAUGCUCUUGCACAGAGUUGCCGCUUACUUUGGAUUAGACCACAAUGUUGAUCAGAGUGGGAAGUCAGUCAUAGUAAACAAAACUAGCAAUACAAGAAUACCUGAUCAGAAAUUUACUGAACAUAUUAAGGAUGAUAAAGGUGAAGACUUUCAGAAACGAUAUAUCCUCAAGAGAGAUAACUCUAGCUUUGACAAGGAUGAUAACCAGAUGAGAAUACGUUUGAAAGAUGACAGACGAAGCAAAUCUAUAGAAGAAAGAGAAGAAGAAUACCAGAGAGCUAGAGACAGAAUAUUUUCCCAAGAUUCCCUGUGUUCCCAAGAGAAUUAUAUUAUUGACAAAAGAAUCCAAGACGAGGAUGCUAAUAGCACUCAGCAGAGGCGCCAGAUAUUUAGAGUUAAUAAAGAUGCUUCGGGAAGAUCAACAAAUAGCCAUCAGAGCAGCACUGAGAAUGAUCUGAAGUGCUCGGAGCCGCGGCCCUGGAGUAGCACAGAUUCGGACAGCUCUCUCCGAAGCUUCAAGCCUGCCGUGACCAAGGCCAGCAGCUUCAGUGGGAUUUCAGUGCUGACAAGAGGCGAUAGUUCUGGAAGCAGCAAAAGCAUAGGCAGGCUUUCAAAAACAGGUUCUGAGUCUUCUGGUAGUGUAGGGUCAUCUACGGGCUCUCUCUCACACAUCCAGCAACCUCUCCCAGGUACAGCUCUUAGCCAGUCUUCUCAUGGUGCACCUGUCGUCUAUCCAGCUGUCAGCACUCAUAGUUCUCUUUCCUUUGAUGGUGGCCUAAAUGGGCAAGUUGCAUCUCCUAGCACAAGCUUCUUUUUGCUUCCCUUGGAAGCAGCAGGCAUACCACCUGGCAGUAUUCUGAUCAACCCUCAAACAGGUCAGCCCUUCAUAAACCCAGAUGGGAGUCCAGUUGUGUAUAACCCUCCAAUGACGCAACAGCCAGUUAGAACCCAAGUGCCUGGACCUCCGCAGCCUCCUCUGCCACCCCCCCCACCUCAACAACAAGCAGCUAAUCACAUUUUCUCACAGCCUUCUGUUCUGACGUUAACACUCUUUGCCGCCUGUUGUUCCUCAGCCUGUUCGUGCUCCGCGGCCCCUUACCCACCCCGGCUCCUGCCAGUCCCACCCACUCAGCAGCACUCCGUGCAGGACAACCUUGGGUCUCAGUUCAGCCACAUGAGUCUUGCCCGCCAGCCAUCAGCAGACGGUUCUGACCCUCAUGCCACCAUGUUCCAGUCCACUGUUGUUCUUCAGCCCCCGCAGCAGUCUGGUUACAUCGUGACGGCAGCCCCGCCACCGCCGCCGCCGCCGCCGCCUCCCCUACCGCCUGGGCAGCCAGUCCCUGCUCCUGGCUAUUCUGCCUCUGGUCACCCUGUCAGCCAGCCAGUGCUUCAGCAGCAGGGAUACAUCCAGCAGCCCUCUCCGCAGAUGCCAGCCUGUUAUUGUGCUCCAGGCCACUACCACUCUAAUCAACCUCAGUAUCGCCCAGUCCCUUCGGUCCAUUACAGUUCACAUCUGAACCAACCACUGCCACAGCCUGCACAACAGACAGGUUAUCAAGUUAUGCCCAACCAGCAGCAAAGCUACCAAGGCAUAGUUGGAGUUCAGCAGCCCCAGAGCCAGAGCCUCGUUGGCAGCCAGCCCAACGGCGUUGGGAAUCAGAUUCAAGGAGUGGUCAUCCCCUAUCCUUCAGUGCCGUCAUACCAGGUUUCACUGCCUCAAGGUUCUCAAGGAAUUGCCCAUCACACUUAUCAACAGCCUGUUAUGUUCCCUAAUCAGUCUAAUCAAGGAUCUAUGCCUGCAGCAGGAAUGCCAGUUUACUAUAGCGUCAUUCCAUCUGGCCAACAAAAUAAUUUAAGCUCAUCAGUAGGUUACUUGCAACAUCCAGGAUCAGAACAAGUACAGUUUCCUCGAACUACUUCACCCUGCAAUUCCCAGCAGCUCCAAGGCCACCAGUGUGCAGCUGUGCCACCUCCACCACCUGGGGGCGGAAUGGUGAUGAUGCAGCUCAGCGUACCAAACAAUCCACAGUCUCGUGCCCAUUCACCCCCACAGUGGAAGCAAAACAAAUAUUACUGUGAUCACCAGAGAGGACAGAAGUGUGUGGAAUUUAGUAGUGUAGACAAUAUUGUUCAGCACAGUCCUCAACUCAGUAGUCCCAUUAUUUCACCAGCUCAGUCACCAGCACCAGCGCAGCUGUCUACCCUGAAAACUGUCCGUCCCUCUGGACCACCACUUUCCAUCAUACCCCAGUUUUCUAGACCUUUUGUCUCUGGGCAAGGAGAUGCCAGAUACCCGCUACUUGGCCAGACCCUGCAGUACAACCCUCCUGCUGUUCUGCACGGACACGUUCCAGCCCAACAGGGUCAAUCUGGCAACAGGCACGGCAGCCGAGGGAGGAAACAAGCCAAAAAAGCUGCCUCCACCGACCUGGGCGCGGGAGAAGCAGUUGUUGGGAAGGUCUUGGAAAUUACUGAACUACCAGAUGGAAUAACUCGCAUGGAAGCCGAGAAGCUCUUUGGGGAACUCUUUAAAAUUGGCGCCAAGAUCCGGUGGCUCCGGGACCCUCAGUCCCAGCCCCAAAUGCGUCGUCACCCUCUCUGUUGUGGCAGUGGUGACAGCACUGUCAACCCUGAACGCUCGAAACCCAGUGACUUGGCCUCCACGUAUACCGUCCUAGCCACAUUCCCCUCCAUCUCCGCUGCGCAGAAUGCAUUGAAGAAACAAAUUAACUCGGUUAACAAGUUUAAGCUGAGAACAAGCAAGAAGCACUAUGACUUUCACAUUUUGGAAAGGGCAAGUUCUCAGUAA